GAGGUAUGGACGUAAAAUUAUUCCCUCAGGGUGAGGCAUUUGGCUACACAUUUGUCGACAGCCUCUCCUGUAUAAUUUAGGUCUCACAGGCAGAAAAGGGUUGAAAAACAGAAAUCAAGGAAUCUCCAUCAAGUGGGUAAAAAAUCAGGUCUGAGGGAGGCAAUGAAGGUAGAGCAUUGUUUUAAAAAACCCCAAAUCCUCGGUCCUCCAAAUAGAAACAGCCCGUGAACAAGGUGGGUAUUAUUAGCACGAGACUGGCGUUCUUCUAAUUAGCUCAAGAGAAAGUGAAUAUUGGCUUUCCAAGUGAACCCCUCCAGUCCAGGGAUAUGUGCACAUCACACCUGGGCCUUUCAGUUACAAAUCCACCUCCUUAAGGAGCCGUGUGAAAAAGCAAGAGCAAUCAACAAGAAAAAAUCCUCCCAGCUAUAAAUCAGCCACGUGGAGCUGCUGCUGCGGCAGCGGUAGCCCUGACUUCCUGGUUUGCUUCCUGCAAGCCUUGCCGCUGGGGGCUCCGGGUAGUGGGUGUAAGAAAGGGAAGGGCAGCCAGGAGCCGCUCCAGGUCCGCGGGGACGGGGGAGGAGGGCCGUGGGGAAUCCUGGAAGGCACGGGCGUUAAGGACAGAGUUAUGGCCCAUAAUUAAAACAAAAGUUUGGGAAUCUGGAAGCUUUCAGAGCUGAGCAGUGGGGCAAAGGCUAAGGACCAGAGCUGGGGCAAGUGUAAGUUAGUUACAAGGUAACAGGGAAUUUGCGAAGAGGGUUCUUGGGCACAGCGGUGAGAGAAGAAGGGGACUGCGUGCCGGGAAGGGGGUAGGUACACAGAAAGGAAGCUUAGAAGAGCGAGGCACACGGGUCGGUUGGAGCUCGGCGGAGGCCGGCGUGGGGGGGGGUUCGGCGGCGGAGCGCAGUCCGAGCCGGCUAGCCGCGGGGAGGGGGCGGAGGGAAGAGCCCGGGGGAAGGUAGAGCCAAGGGGAGUUCCGGAUCUGGAGCUGGAAAGGGCAGGCUGCGGAGAGGGCGGCAGCCGAAGCGGUAGGGGUGGGGGAGGGAGGAGGUGGAGAGCCGGAGGAGGGGGAAGGAGGGAGGGGAGAGCUGUGGCGGCGGCUGCGCCGGGCUCUGUGUCUCUCGCCGCCGGAGGAAGAUGAGGCUGAAGAUUGGGUUCAUCUUACGCAGUUUACUGGUGGUGGGAAGCUUCCUGGGGCUGGUAGUCCUCUGGUCUUCCCUGUCCCCGCGGCCGGACGACCCAAGCCCGCUGAGCAGGAUGAGGGAAGACAGAGAUGUCAGUAACCCCAUGCCUAACCGAGGAGGCAAUGGAUUAGCUCCUGGGGAUGACAGAUUCAAACCUGUGGUACCAUGGCCUCAUGUUGAAGGAGUAGAAGUGGACUUAGAGUCUAUUAGAAGAAAAAACAAGGCGAAAAGUGAACAAGAGCGCCAUGCUGGAGGAGAUAACCAGAAGGACAUAAUGCGGAGGCAGUUUCUUACAUUUAAGCCUCAGACAUUCACCUACCGAGAUCCUGUGCUUCGUCCAGGGAUCCUCGGUAACUUUGAACCCAAAGAACCUGAGCCUCAUGGAGUGGUUGGUGGCCCUGGAGAGAACGCCAAGCCAUUGGUUUUGGGACCAGAAUUCAAACAUGCAAUUCAAGCCAGCAUUAAAGAGUUUGGAUUUAACAUGGUGGCAAGUGACAUGAUCUCACUGGACCGCAGCGUCAAUGACUUGCGACAAGAAGAAUGCAAGUAUUGGCAUUAUGAUGAAAACCUGCUCACUUCCAGUGUUGUCAUUGUCUUCCAUAACGAAGGAUGGUCAACCCUCAUGAGAACAGUCCACAGUGUAAUUAAAAGGACUCCAAGGAAAUAUUUAGCAGAAAUUGUGUUAAUUGAUGAUUUCAGUAAUAAAGAACACUUAAAAGGAAAACUAGAUGACUAUAUUAAGCUGUGGAAUGGCUUAGUGAAGGUAUUUCGAAAUGAGAGAAGAGAAGGUUUGAUUCAAGCACGAAGUAUUGGUGCCCAGAAGGCCAAACUUGGACAGGUUUUGAUAUACCUUGAUGCCCACUGUGAGGUGGCCGUUAACUGGUAUGCACCACUUGUAGCCCCCAUUUCCAAGGACAGAACUACAUGUACUGUACCUCUAAUAGAUUACAUAGAUGGGAAUGAUUAUUCCAUUGAACCGCAGCAAGGUGGGGAUGAAGAUGGUUUUGCCAGAGGGGCCUGGGACUGGAGUUUACUAUGGAAACGUAUUCCUCUAAGCCACAAGGAAAAGGCCAAAAGAAAACAUAAAACUGAACCUUAUCGGUCCCCUGCCAUGGCUGGUGGGUUAUUUGCCAUUGAACGAGACUUCUUCUUUGAACUGGGUCUCUAUGAUCCAGGUCUCCAGAUUUGGGGUGGUGAAAACUUUGAGAUCUCAUACAAGAUAUGGCAGUGUGGUGGUAAAUUACUGUUUGUCCCCUGCUCUCGUGUUGGACACAUCUACCGUCUCGAGGGCUGGCAAGGGAAUCCUCCGCCCAUUUAUGUCGGGUCUUCUCCAACUCUAAAGAAUUAUGUUAGAGUUGUAGAGGUUUGGUGGGAUGAAUACAAAGACUACUUCUAUGCUAGUCGUCCUGAAUCAAAGGCAUUACCAUAUGGAGAUAUAUCUGAGCUGAAAAAAUUUCGAGAAGAUCACAACUGCAAAAGUUUCAAAUGGUUCAUGGAAGAAAUAGCUUAUGACAUAACUUCACAUUACCCUUUGCCACCCAAAAAUGUCGAAUGGGGAGAAAUCAGAGGGCUUGAGACUGUCUACUGCAUUGAUAGCAUGGGGAAGACAAACGGAGGCUUUGUUGAGCUAGGACCCUGCCACAGGAUGGGAGGGAAUCAGCUUUUUCGAAUCAACGAAGCUAAUCAACUCAUGCAGUAUGACCAGUGUUUGACAAAGGGGCCUGAUGGAUCCAAAGUUAUGAUUACACACUGUAAUCUAAAUGAAUUUAAGGAAUGGCAGUACUUUAAGAGCCUGCACAGAUUUACUCACAUUCCUUCAGGAAAGUGCUUAGAUCGUUCAGACGUCCUCCAUCAAGUGUUCAUCUCCGAUUGUGACUCCAGUAAAAUGACUCAAAAGUGGGAAAUGAACAACAUCCAUAGCGUUUAGAAAGAAUGAAAGAAACCAAUAACCUACCUACUGACAUAUAAAUUUAUACAGGACUGAAAACCGCCUGAAACCUGCUGCAACUGUUAUUAACUCUGUACAGUUCCAAACCCAGAACCUCCUGAUCAGUUUGAAGGACGUUGAUAAACUGUGAUUUUACAAUAACAUUAUCAUCUGCAGUUACUGUUUACAAAACUGCUUUUACCUUAAACUUUGUAGAUGUUUACAUCUUUUUUUGUUUUAAGAUGAUGUUGGUAAUUUGUGCAUUUAGCUCUGUUUUAUUUAGAACAGAGUUAAAAGCAUCCUUGUCUUCUUUGGGAUUACACUCAGGGGUCUGAAAGGCAGUUUGAUUUUAUUUUAUUUUUUUUUAAACACACUUGAAAACAAGGUUGGAGUAACCAGACUUUCAUAUAUAACUUGGUGAUUAUCAACCUGUUGUGUCUUUAUUUAAUUUUACAUCUUUAUGAAGCACUGCCACAGGUUCUUAGCCAAGGUGGCCUUCCUUCACAGUCAUGCUGCUUUUUUGAAAGGUGAAUUUCAACACAUUUAGUGCCUCUUUCAUUUCUCAGUAUAUAUUUCAAGAGCUUUUGAUGAAAUUUAUAGGAUGGUAACGAUGGAAUUGUCAUCUGUAUGAGGAACACUUUCACUACUCAAAAAUGACUUUAUGUGCUACCAUUUGUUCUGAUAUUGAAUGUUGUAUGGCUUGAAAAAGAAAAGACAGUAUAGAACA